UUAGAAUUCAAAGAGAGAUUAUUUGUUGUUCUAUUGAUUUCGUGAGUCUAGUUUAUUUGUGCAAAUCAAAUAAGCUCAGUACACAGAUUGAGAGAGUCAAUCACAUCGUCCCACCAUUCCAUCCGAUUGAGAGAUUCAAUCAAAACCUCCUCCGCAAAUCCACUUCAAUCCAUCUUUUGAUCAAGCUGAGAGUGAUACACAUCCAGCAGCUUGAUUCCGCCAUAUCUAUCAUUUUUCUUUGUUUAUUUAUCUUAGUUUAUUCUUCAUAGCAUUCGUAUCUCAUUCAUCUUUCAUUUGUUUCAGGUUUUACAAUCGAUUUCAGACCAUAUCGACCAACCGGUCUCAUCUUUGGUUGAUCCGAUUUGAACCUCCAACAACCAUUUGGGCGACCCAACUUCCAGCCUGCAACAUUUGGUAUCAGAGCUCAAGCUCCUGAAUCAGGUCCAUUCUAUCCUUGCAACAUUCAUAUUUGUUUGCAUUUGUUUUCAUUUAAAAAAAAAAAAAAAACAGUUUUUGCAUUGUUAUUGUUUUUCUUAAGAAAAGAAAACUAAAGAAGAAGAAGUUGUCUAGUUUGAUCCACGAAAUUCUUUUGAAAUACUUGUCUAGUUGUUUGCAUUCAUUCCCCAGCUCCACUUGCCAUAUUUAGAUUUUGUGCAUUCAUUUAAAAAAAAAAAAAAUCUGCAUUUCCAUAUUUGUUUCUUGCAUAAGAAAAUUCAAAAAAAAAUAUCCUUGUUAGUUUGUUUCCAUAAGUCUUUCCAUUUAUUGUUCAUAGCAUCCCAUACUGAUUUAUUUCGUGCUUGCAUCAAGAAAAAAAAAUUAAAAAAAAAAAAUUAUUUAGAGCAUAGUUCAUAUCAUUUGCAUAUUGUGGUUUAAUUGUUGCAUCUUAAGAAAAUUCAAAAAAAAAAAAAAAAUCAGGCUUAGUUUAAUUUUCAUAUUUUCUUUCCCUUUGUGUUUCUUAUCAUACCAUAUUGUUUAAUUUCGAGAUUGCAUUCAGAAAACCAAAAGAAAAAAAAUCAUUUUAGUAUAUUUACUUCAUUUCGGUUCAUAAUUGCAUAUUUUCUCGGUUUAGUUAAAUUGCAUUCUUGCACUUGUUUUAUUUUGGUUCGACCAAAACUUUCCAUACCUUCACUUGUUCUUUGAGAUUGUUUUCAGGAAGCAAUGGAGGAGGAGAGACACGGCCAAAACCUAAGGGCCACCUUGAGCCAACAGACCGCAGCUCUACAAAAGCUCCAAAUUAAGAUUGCUCAAUUGGAGAAAAGAAAUCAGGCACAAGGCCAACGACCACAGCAAGGAAAAACAAGAUUUGGAGAUGUACCAGGGGCUAUAUAUGUCGAUCCCAAGCCACCAGAUCCUUCAAAGAUCAAUCAAACUCCAACUUCUAAAACCCACAACAAUCAUGUUGUUAAUCCUCGGUUUGAUUAUAAUUCUUUUGCUGAUAAAAUUGAACUCUUUAAAUUUUCAGGAAAAAGAGGUUAUCUUAGAUGGGAAAGAAACCUUGAUGAGUGGUUUCACUACACCAACAUCCAGAAAAAGGAGAGGUUGUUUUAUGCCAUUGAUCAACUAAAAGAUGAUGCCUUUAAAUGGUGGGUACAAGAAGAAGAUGAUAGGUGGUUUUACAAGGAGCCAACUAUCAAAACAUGGAGAGCUCUUAAGGAAGUCAUGAGAUAUGAGUUUGCACCAGAUUUUACAAGUUCUGAAAUCCAGGAACUUUAUCCAAGGAGGUAUCCAACUCAUGGUUCCAAAGAGGCAAAGAGAAUGGUGCCACAACAAAGCCAUAGAAGCUUAAUCCACCAAGACCAGAUUCGGCCAAACAAGAGGUCCACGGUUUUAUAUGAUCAAUACCAGCCUUAUGAGGUCCCAAAGGCCAUGGAGAAGAAGAACUUUGUCAGCCAAGACACAUUGGCCAGACACAAAGAAAAAUCAGACAAACCGAUUUUUCAAGAAAAGGCCAAGGUAAGUCCUAUACUUGAUAAAUGUGUUUAUAAAUCAUCUCCCACUGGUAUGAGUCACUUGUCUUUGUCCAAGGAUGUUAAUACAGGUCCUGAGGUCCAGGAAGACACGAUCUCCACAUCCUUGUUGAGAUCAAAAGUUGUCCAUGAUUUAAUUCCAAGAGACAAGGAGAUUUUAAACCCAAAGAAAGAAGGGCCAUCAAACCAAUUGUCUUGUAACAGGUCUUGAGGAACCAAGAGAAGGAGAGCCAUCAGUAGUAACCCACGUGGUCGACCAGAAGAUGAUUCAAGACACCAAGCAGUCGAUCUUCCUUAAAGAAGCAAAACCGAUCAUAAAAGUAUCCCACCAAGGUAAGUGUCUAACACCACCUAGAGAUACUAU